AUGAAAUUAGGUUCAAUAUUACAGUGGUCUCUACUAUUGACAGGAGUUGUUGAAGCUGGUGAAUGGGUGGCUUAUGACAACGAAUACUAUGCUGCUAUUGGUUGUAAGUCCGCAAUUAGUAAGAAGGCAUACUUUUGUGGUAAACCUGAAUCCGAUAAAAAAUACACUUGUUCUUGUAAGAACGAAUACGCUUUGGCUUCAUGGUUGGGUUGUACUGAGGAGUACUUUCCUCAUUUAUCGAAGGACAAAUUGGUUUCGCAAAUUGUUCAGCUAUGUCAAACAAAGGGUAAACAAAAGAAAAUGACUUCCAAGAAACUGGUUGAUAACUACGAAAGCCUACAAAAUGAUUUUGUUAACAUUGACGAAGAUUCAAAAUAUAAUAAAACUUCUCCAAAAUUCCCAAUUCAUGGUAAAUCUGUUGAGAAAGCUGCUACACUUGCAAUGAUCUCUAACAAACAUAGAUGGGAUAAUGUCUCAACCUCUCACUAUAUGGGUAUUGCUUUUGUUGCUGCUGUAGGUUUAGUUAUGAUUGUUGCUGGAAUUCUUAACUGGUUAUCAAGAUUUUCGUUGACUUAUAAUAAUGCAAAGACUGGUACUUUGGUUAACUUUGUUAGGAAAAAUUUCUCCUUGGGAAUACUGGGUAAUCAUUUGCACGGUGGCUUCUUGGGUGGUGUUAACCCAGAUAGAGUAGAAGCGUUCUUCAUAUGUUUGAUGUUUUUGUACAUCGUUUUGACCAAUUUUAUUCUUGGCUUUGACUACCUUGAAGGUGACACAGUUUUUGCAAACAAACAAGCUGGUUUAUCACGGUAUUAUGGUGACAGGUCUGCAAUUAGUCUGUCUUAUCAUCUUCCUCUCUUGUUUAUUUUCCCUGGUAGGAACAAUUUCUUUCAAGUGAUCACCAGAUGGAAAUAUCAAAGAUUUGUUACUUUCCAUAAAUGGCUGGCAAGGUUCGUUAUGAUGGAAAUUUUGAUUCAUUCCUUCGCUAUGGCUUCUCAGACUUACGCAUUGGAUAAAUUCAGUCGAUUCCAAACAGGUUGGUAUAGAUGGGGAAUUGUCGGUACUGUUGCAGGUGGUAUUAUUUUACUCUGUGCCGCUGCUCCUAUUAGGAAAUACUACUAUGAAAUAUUCCUGUAUACUCAUAUCAUAUUGGUGGUUACUUUUCUCUAUUCUGCUUGGCUUCACGCUGCAUCUCAAGACUAUGAAGAUUUUUACUGGGCAUGUUGUGGUAUUUGGAUCUUUGAUAGAGUUGUUAGAAUUGCACGUAUUUUCCUAAAUGGUUUUGCUCCAUCUGCGACUGUGGAAUAUUUCCCUGGUGAGGAGGUUUUGAAGAUCACUGUUGCCAACACCAGUAAAAUCAUGAAACCAUAUCCUGGUGCACAUGCCUUUAUCCAUUUCUUGACACCAACAACUUUUUUCCAAUCUCAUCCAUUCACUGUUUACCCAUCUGAAUCUCAACCCGGACAUAUUCACUUUACUUGUCGUAUCAAAAAGGGUAUCACUAAGAAAAUUGCAGAUCUGUGUAGAAAAUCCGAAAAAAAUACAAUUGCGAUUAAGAUAGCAGUGGAUGGUUACUAUGGUGAACAAUCACCAUACCAAAUGUUUGAUAAAUCUGUUUUUAUUACCGGCGGUACAGGUAUCUCUGGACCACUAUUCCAUGCAAAAAGACUAGUUGAAACAGAUGCUAACAAAGAAGUCAAAUUCUAUUGGUCAGUUCGUAGAUUAGAAGACAUUAAAAGUUAUGCACCUGAACUAUUAAUGUUCAAAGAUACAAUUGUCAAACCUGUCAUUUAUGUCAGUCAACCUGAGGGUAGUUAUCUUUCUACAACUUCUAGUGAUGAUAACGAAAACAAGGAAGAGUUCACCCCGCCUGCAGAAGUUAACAUGGAUGAACAAGUUGCAGCUGUUGCUUCCUUUGCUGAUAUCAAGUUCGGUCGUUUAAAGGCAACCGAAAUUAUUGAUUCUGAAAUUUCAGAUGCAGCAGGAACAAUUGCAUUUGGUGCAUGUUCUCAUCCUGAGGUCGUGGAUCAAGUCAGGAAACACAUUGCAAAGUCUUUGAAUGCUUCAUCUUAUAGAAUCGAAUACUUCGAAGAGAUGCAAAAAUGGUAG